GAAUCGUGUUUUUAGGGUCAGGACGUUCAAUGGUCUUCCUGGUGCUGCUGUUGUAGCGCCAGUUUUAGAGAGAUGGGGAUGAGUCUCUGAGUUUUCCUGUGGGUUUCUGUUUGAGCUGGAAGUCAGCUAUGGUGUUGUUGAGGCGUUUUGUAAGCCGUGCCUUUUGGACAAAUGAAUGCGGUGGUUGGAUUUUAGCACAAAGUCUCAUGAGGAGUUAAUGUAGCUCGACACGGGAAUCGUUUCCCCUUCCUUUAGUGUAGUUUAGCCAUACAGCUUGCCUUCCUCCCGCCGAGUUUUUUUCCCUUUUUAUGCCAAUUCGGUGACCUUUUAAGAUGAAGAGGGUAAACAGUUUCCAAAGAUUCAUGAACAGCAGAGCUACUGCGAACUGUCGCUAUCGACCCACAUGCUACGAACAUGCAGCCAACUGCUACACCCAUGCGCUUCUGAUUGUGCCUGCAAUCGUGGGCAUGGCUCUACUCCACCGGCUAUCAGACGACCGCUGGGAGCGAAUCACAGCGUGGGUUUAUGGCAUGGGCCUCUGUGCACUCUUCCUUAUCUCCACCGCCUUCCACAUCAUCACCUGGAAAAAGAGCCACAUGAGGACCAUGGAGCACUGCUUUCACAUGUGUGACCGGGUGGUCAUCUACUUCUUUAUCGCUGCCUCCUACACACCAUGGUUAAAUUUGAGGGAGCUGGGGCCACUUGCUUCUCACAUGCGCUGGUUCGUCUGGCUCAUGGCUGCCGCAGGAACAAUAUAUGUCUUCAACUACCACGAGAAGUAUAAACUUGUUGAACUGGCCUUCUACUUGACUAUGGGCUUUUUCCCAGCCCUGGUGGUGACCUCAAUGAAUAAUACAGAUGGUCUGUACGAGUUGGCCUUUGGGGGUGUGAUCUACUGCCUGGGCGUGGUCUUCUUCAAGUCAGAUGGUGUCAUCCCGUUCGCUCACGCUAUCUGGCAUGUGUUUGUUGCCAUGGCUGCAGCUGUGCAUUAUUACGCCAUCUGGAAAUACCUCUACAGGAGAUCACCCAUCUACGACCUCAAAGAUGCCUGAACCCUCACCUUUCACCCAACAUGCAUACAAGCUGAUCUCAUCCUUCGACUCUUGUCUUUCUCAACAGGGAAAAGGUUUUUUGUGCUAGGCUCUUUUUCCACAACAUUUAUACAAUUCACUAACAUCAGGUGCGCUAACAUCAGCUCCCGAAGUUUACGACUACGACAGUGCAUUGUUUACUGUUUUCUACCAAGCUGGAGAACAGUGUAAUUGUGUGUAUGCAUGUGUGACUGCACACGCUUCACUUGUGGCUACAGACACCCCACACAGCUCAUGUCUGUUUCUGUAACAAACGGUGAAAGUAAAACCUCUUCUUUUCCUUUAGACCAAUGUUUUUGCACAGCUCACUGCAAACUGAGGCCGGACGUUAACGUCAUUUCUGUACAGUCUUUUUAUUUUUAUUUUUAGCACUCACUGUUACGGUUACUUUGUUUUGGAGUGAUCACACACAUACACAUUCCACCUUUCCUUGUUUUGGUUUCAGCAGCUAUAAUCUAGUACUGUCAGGUUUUUUGGAACAGGCUUUCAGUGCAUCAGUGUGUACUUUUGCAUCAAAGCAAACAUUUUUUCCACUUUUUCACACAUACGAUACUCAACUCAUGGACCUUUCUGUUUUCUUUCCAAGAAGGUUGUUCCACUGUGUUGUAAUGUAAUGUAAUAUAUUCAGCAGUAUUUGAAAGUGCUCUCUUUUCCAGAAACAAGCACUUUUGUAACAUAAAGAACCACUUAUAUUUGAUACUCCAUAUUUUUGUUUUUCUCGAGUAGCUAGUUCAGUAGCUAAUCCCAAGGGAGACUUGUUGUUACUGUAAGUGGUCCUGAAGAAACUGUACUGUAUCUGUACCUGGAGGGCAGAAGUGUGAAGCCAGUGGACAAUGACUUAUGAGCAGUCAGCUUUUCUAGUGGAAAGUUUCUGAGAGCACUGUGAACACAAACGUGGCUUGAUAUGAGGGCAGUUCACAAGCAGAAUUUCUUAAAGAGGAAUGCCACCAAUAAUGGUUAAGAUGUAGACAAAGUCGUUUGGACCCGUUUGAUGUGAAAUGGUUAAUUGUAGAAACAUACUAGCUCAAGUUUCUUUACAGUGGUGGUGAUAGGAAUCCGUGGUCAUGAUGUUUACAACUCAAAUAUAGCCAUUUCAUUUAUUAUCCAGAAUGACCAGUGAACCUACACGUCUUCUGAAAAUGAAUCAGUGUGAAUCAAGGUGACUAGUCAUCACAUUGUUCUUCUUACCAAACUGUUAAGUGCAGGAUGAACUGUCAGCAUUGUUGGAAAGCACAAUGAGAUUGAUUGAAUGAGAUUCUUGGACGUUAUAGAGUACCACUUUUAUUUUCUGUGCAAGCGCAACUUGCCAAGAUAAUUGUAUUGAUUUAUAGUGAUGUAAAAAAUAAAUUGUACUAAGCUUGUUCGUUCAUGAAAUUCAGCAACUGCUGCUGAGAAUUUGCACUAAGAAGUUAAACAAGACAAACUUAAUUAUAAGUAGUAUGUAUACAAUUGAAGCACAUGCUAAUUUUAACCGUUCAUCAGCUUAUACAUUGGGCUAAGACAAGUGGGAUCGGUCGAAACAUCAGAGGUGCAAGAAUUCUGAUUGGUGCAAACGGAACUUAAUAUGUGAUGUACAGAAGCUGCUUUGAAUGCAAGGGUUCCAAAAGAACCGAAACACUCAGGAUUGUCUGACCAGCACUAUUAAUUAUUAAUAAGAUAAAAAAAUCUUAUUUAUUUUAUUUCCUUUAUAACAUCCUGCAUGUAUCACUCUGCCCUGCACAUCUUUUAAAGACAUAUUUUAGUUCAAAAGCUUUUCAUAUAACCGACAUCAGGAAAUUGAUAUGUAUUCAUAUUCAUUUUAUUUAAUAAUGUUCUUUGAUGUAGCUUUCAGGGGCAUUCAAUGCUUCAGAUGCCUGGUUCCCAUCACCACUACUAUGAACAGUUGUGUCUUAAAUCUCUCUAGAACAGCACAUUUCACUUUUAAACCACUCUGACUUUGUUUACAUCUUAACUAUUGAAUGAUGCAAACAUUUUUGACAAAUCUUUGGUAUUACUUAUGCUAAUAUUGAGAACAGUAAAGGAACACUUUAUGUUGACAUUGGUGGCUUCUACAUCUUAUGAAGUUAGCCGCAUUCAAAUGUUUGGAUAAGCUUGUCCAUUAGAAGAAAAUCAUAGACAGUGGGCCUCAUUCACCAAUAGCGCCCUAUUUUUUCUUAAAUUUGAGUAAGAGAAAUGGUCCUAAGAAAUAGUCUACACCAGAUUCAUGACAUGUUCUUAAAGGACAGAGUUGUUUGCUCCUUUGUACUUCUGAGCUUGCGUAGAUUCUGCUCUGACCUAAGAAGAAAUGCCAAAUAAAACAUUGGUGGAUGUCAGAAUCUUCAUAAAACUGCGCAAGUGGGUUUCAAGAGGAAAUUUCUUCAUAAGAACAGUUGGUGAAUGAGCCCCAUUCUUAUUGGGCAGUGCUCACGUUUGGCUUAUUCAGAUUAUUGAACGGUCAUGCUUUGUGAAACGCCCCCCAGAGGCAGCGAUUCAUGUGUUUUUCUUAUAUUAGCUUGUUCCCUAAAAGUGUUUUAAACCUUAAGAUCAUCGCAACUGCCACAGAGGUACUCAGCCCAGAUGAUCUUCUUAUUCCUACCAUGCUCUUUGGGGAACUUGAAGCAUGUUCUGUAUUGCUACAGUGCUGUGACCACUGUAUUGCUGUUUGAUUUCCCCUUGUUUGUGAAGAUGGGAGUUCUCAAGAUGGUAUUUGUUCCCGUUUCUGUCCUAAAGUGGAGGUUUUUAGUUCUGAUAAAUCAGCCAAAACUCUCCUCGACCCAUUCAUACUGUUCACUGUGCCAUUCGCUAACCAAGUCGAAAACCAAGUCGCUUUUGAACUGCACUUCCCAUCAUUGUUUCCUCUUCUGUGUGCAUUUAAAAGAAUCGUGGGAAAUGGAGGACUCUGAGAUAAGCUGCUCUUUUUUGUAUCAGUAUUUUCAUUCCAAAGAAGUCCUCUGGAUUUGCUUCUAUGUACUUUGCUGAAUAUAGCUGGCUGUAUUUAUGAUGGCUUAGCUUGGCUGUAUAAUUAACUUCAGAAUCACCGCAUGGAUCUUCACGGGCUUCAGCCAGCUUUAAAUGAGCGUGUUUGAAAGCUUACGCUUUUUGCUUUAAGAUAAUUUCACUGUGGUUGGAAAAUAGUGAGCUCAGUUAUCGUUUUAGACUGUGUGUGAACAAGACUGAUCCAGUUUUGAUAACUCUUCGUAGCCUGGAACUAGCAGGAUCCCUUGACUUUUGUAAUAUUUCUAUACUCUUGUUCUGGCACAUAAUGUCUGUACCGGCCUUUUCAAAACAAGAAAGAGAGAAUCCCUCCUGCACUGCUAGUUCCUUUUUCUCUUAAUCCAUUCAGUGUUUGGUGCUGUACAUGACAAAUACUUGUGUCCAAUUCUUAACGAGUUUCUAAAUUAUUAAUAAACGAUAACAGCUUUAACA